AUGUUGAGCAAUAUUCUGCGGCCUGCUCGUGUGAGCGCCUUCAUGGCCACCAUUAUAGCCAAGAGGCGCUUCCUCAUUGCCCUUGGCAUACCUCUCAUGAUUUUAUGUAUGCUCAUGUCUGGAAUCGUUGUCGAUGUCGACACACAUACCAACUCCGACGUUCUCAACGGCGUCCGUGUCGGCCAUUUCCCCUCGAAUUCGUCGGCCGCACACUCGAAUGGGACCAUUUCCCCGUUAAAGGAACGACCAGCCAUGACUUAUAAGGGCUAUGGGCGACCAGGUUAUGAGCUCCCUCUGGCGAAAGGCAUCCCUCUGCGGAUCUUGGCUGUGGGGGCAUCGACAACGAGAGGCGACAGCCCAGUUGAAGUUGACAACAAUGGCUUCCGCCGGCCGCUUCGCCAGCGUCUCACCGCGCUCGGCCACAAGGUCAACUUUGUUGGUACUGACAGGCUGGGUAACAUGACGGACAAUGACGUCUUGGCAGGACCCGGCGCCCAGGUGCACAUCAUCAAUGAGAUGGUCAAGCCCUUUGCCGUUCGAAGCAAGCCCAAUGUGAUUCUCGUCAACGCUGGCACCAAUGACUGUCUGAUGCAUGUGGACAUUGACAAUUUCUACAAGCGUUACGAUAGCUUGAUCCAGUAUCUGCUAAUGGCAUCCCACAAGGCCACUAUUGUAGUUGGAACACUGCUGCCAACAUGGAACACGUGGUUCAAUGGCAGAGAAGAUGUGUUUAGAGUGAACCCGCAGAUUCGAAGAUUGGUCAAAAUCUAUCAGAAGCAGGGACUGCCAGUGGUACUUGCAGAGAUGCAGGGCCCUGAUGGCAUCCAGGAUGAGAAUCUGGCCGAAGAUGGUAUGCAUCCGGCAAAACCGGGUUACGAGAUGAUGGCGACCAAGAUAUUCGAGGCCAUAGUAGAGGCUGAUGCUCGAGGCUUUCUCCUACCACCUGAGAAUGUCCCCUGGAUUCCCGACGACGGCGAAGAAGAGAGAAAGAACGAAGAAGGUUAUCACCGAUGGUACAAGGAAAAGGACGAAGCUCAAGCCGCAUGGAUUGCUCACGAAGAGUCAGAGAUGGCCAAGAUGGAAGCUGGGCUAGAGAUGAUGCGGCAACAACGAAAGGCAUCCGGGUGA